UUCCGAUCAGCGGAUUGUCAACAUGGCGUCUACAGCUGGCUGUGUCGACAAGCAGUUUGAGGAGCGUGUUCUAGAUCGCUACCCAGAUUUACUUCAAAGCCUCCGUGUCGCUAGAGUAUUGGGUCCACUUUUUGCAGACGGCGCUGUCACUAAGAAGGAGUUCGACGACAUUUCUGAAGUUUCUUCUCGUAGUGAGCAAGUACAGCGUUUGUUGGAUGUCUUGGCUCGUGGUUCAUCAAGCACGUUUGACAAGUUCUGUACUGUGAUGGAUAAAGAGGAAGGACGUCUAGCUGAGACAGGAUUUCUACAAGAGCAACCAGAUGUUUCUGAUCAGCAAGAUCUGAAGACAGAAACACCAGCUACUCAUGAGAGGCUUAUCGACGAGCGGAUCGUCAGCUUGGCCUAUACAGCUGACGAUUGCGACAGGCAGUUUAAGGAGCGUGUUCUAGAUCGCUACCCAGAUUUACUGCGAAGCCUCAACGUCGCUAGAGUAUUGCAUCCUCUUUUUCAAGUCGGCGCUAUCACUAAGAAGGAGUUUGACGAGAUAUCAGACAUUCGUUCUCGUAAUGAGCAAGUGGAAAGUUUGUUGGAUGUCUUGUCUCGUGGUCCGUCAAACACGUUUGACAAGUUCUGUACUGUGAUGGAUAAAGAGCAAGCACGUCUAGCUGAGAUAGGCGUUCUACAAGAGCAAGCACAUGUUUCUGAUCAACCAGAGCUCAAGACAGAAACACAAGCUACUCGUGAGGAAGGACGAACUGCUCUUGAUAAACAUUUUGAAGCAAAAUCAGAUGUUCAAAGCAAAGAAGAGGAGGAAGGUAAAACCACACUACACAGUAAGAAUAAGAAACGUGGUCUGCCACAUGCUCAUAUUUUAGUUUGGUUACCUGCAGAGCACAGCAUUCAUGCUGAUGACAUCGAUGCCGCUAUUUCCGCUGAGUUGCCUGACCCUAACUCUGACAAGGUGCUGUUUGAUAUAGUCAUGACAAACAUGAUUCAUGGCCCUUGCGGUCGCAUAGACAAGCACUCACCCUGCAUGCGAGAUGGAGCAUGCACGAAACGUUACCCGAAAGAGUUUAAAAGUGAUACUCAGAGCGGCCAUGAUGGUUAUCCAUUAUAUCGACGACGUAAACCCGAUGAUUGUGGCCAUCAAGGAAUAAAGAAGAUCAAAGGUAACGAUGUCUGUAUAGACAAUCGAUGGGUAGUACCUUACUCUCCCUACCUCUGCCGAAUGUUUGCCUGUCAUAUCAACGUAGAGCUUUGUACAAGUGUCAAGUCUAUCAAGUAUGUCCUAAAGUAUGUCAACAAGGGCAGGGACAUGGCAGUUUUUUCGCUAGAAAAAUCCCAACCUAUCGAUGAAAUAGAUCUGUACCAGACAGCAAGAUACGUCAGUUGCAGUGAAGCUUGCUGGAGAAUACUGAACUUUACCAUUCACGAUCGUCAUCCAGCAGUGACAAACCUUCAUGUCCACCUACUAAAUGGGCAGAGGGUUGUUUACAAUGAUCAAAAUGCUGUUGCUCUUGCUCAACGUCCACCUAAAACCACGUUGACAGCUUUUUUUGAUCUCUGCGCUCGGUAUCGUCCAGAUCUUGACCAGCUUGCUACGCCCGACCAGAGGUUUGUUCAAAAUUUGCUUUAUGUAAAUGUACCCGAGUACUUCACAUUUCAUUCAGGCACCAAAACGUGGAACCCUCGAAGGCUUGGCACAGCUGUUUACAGUGAUGGUCAAAUAACUUCAUUUAAAAAAAGUGAGGUCAUUGGUCGAGUGUACGCCGUGCAUCCUAAGCAACAGGAAUGCUUCUUUUUACGCCUUCUGCUUCACCAUAAGCGGGGACCUUGCUCUUUUGAUGACUUGCUUACGAUUGAUGCACGAAAGUGCCAGACUUUUCGCGAAGCAUGUAACUGCAUGGGUUUGUUGGAAGAAGACUUGCAUUGGGCCAUGGCCAUGCAAGAGGCAGCCAUGUGA